UUAAGUUUUUAACACUCGUACAGAAAGUGAACUUGUAUUUUUUGCUCGCUCCAUUUUUUUGUUUAAUUAAAGACAAAUGAAAAAAUGUUAUUAAAGAGUUAUUAUUUUACAUUCACACUCUGCAUUACAGUAGUUGUAAUUUGUGGAGAAGCUAUAAGCGAUUGGAAUCCCGUAGUACCUCCUCGUCCGCGCUGGGGGCCAAAUAUGCUCAUGUUGAGACAACACAACAGUCCAGCAUUUGAAUAUUGGAAAAAGCAUCAUGAAGAUAAUUUAUGGGAACAUAGUGGUCUGUUUGAAGGUGACAUCAUGUUGCAUCGUGAAUAUUUACGUAAUGGUUUAUUGAAUGAAAAAGCUACUUGGCCCGAUGCCACGGUGCCAUUUUAUAUAGAUAGUCAAGAUUUUGAUGAAGCACAAAUGAUGACCAUAUUCAGAGCCUUUAAGGAAUAUCAUGAUAAAACCUGCAUACGUUUUCGUCCCUAUGAAAAAGGAGAUAAGAACUGGAUAGUAUUCAAAGGUAACUACUCCGGUUGCUGGUCCAGUGUAGGUCGUAGAACAGGUGGUCAAGUGCUUAAUCUCAAUACACCAAAAUGUGUAACACAUGGUGUUGUGGUUCAUGAACUAUUACAUGCCUUGGGUUUCUAUCAUCAACAAUCGGCUACUGAAAGAGACGAAUAUGUUAAAAUAAACUGGGAGAAUAUUUUACCAGGGCAUGCCCAUAACUUUAAUAAAUACGCUCGCACACAUGUUAGUAAUUUUGGUAUAGAGUAUGACUAUCAAAGUGUUAUGCAUUAUAGUUCGAAGGCCUUUAGCAAAAAUGGUAAACCCACCAUAGAACCUUUGGAUCCCAAUGCUAGUGUGGGUCAACGUAAAGGUUUGUCGGAAAAAGAUAUAGAAAAAUUGAAUGAAAUGUACGAAGAAGAUUGUAAUACUUUCAACAUAUUUAAUUUUGAUCGAUUUGGAAACUCAUUAAAUGAAAUUAUAGAUUAUUUCCAAGGAACAUUAGAUAAAAUAUUCACUUAAUAUUAAAAUUUUAAAAAGAGUAUAAUUUAAGUAUAAAAUAAAUUGUUAAAAACACAUAAAAAGGUUACAUAGUAAGACAAA